UGUGGUCCUGAGGGCGUCCAUGUCUUCUUCCUGGUCCUACCUGUGGGUCCCCUCACUGAUGAAGACAAGGGAGAGUUAGAGACCAUCCAGAACACAUUCAGCUCUCCAGUCAAUGACUUCACCAUGAUUCUGUUCACUGUGGAGUCAGAUCCUAAAGCUCCAGCUGUUGUUAACUUUGUGAAAGAAAACAAGGAGAUCCAGGAUCUCUGUCAGAGCUGUGGAGGAAGAUAUGUUGUUCUCAACAUCAGGGACCAGCAGCAGAUCCCAGAGCUGUUGGAUUCUGUGGAAAAGAUGAGAGUUGAAGGAUCCAGAUGCUUCACAAUGGAGAUGUUCACCAAGGCUCAGAUGGAGAAGGUUUCAAGACUUGAAGCUGAACUGAGGGAUGUGAAACAGAAGACGGAGGUGGGAAGUGAUCUCAGGAUGGUGCUGAUCGGGAAGACUGGCAAUGGGAAGAGUUCAACAGCAAACACCAUUUUGGGCAAAAAGCUCUUCAAACCCAGAAUCACCCCGAAGCCAACGACCAAGUCUUGUCAGAAAGCAACAGGAGAGAUCGAUGGACGGCCUGUCGUCUUGGUCAACACCCCCGGCUUGUUUGACACGACUCUGUCUGAUGAAGAAAUUCAACAAGAGUUUCAGAAAUGCGUCAGCAUGUUGUCUCCUGGACCUCAUGUGUUCUUACUGGUGCUGCAGAUCGGGAAGUUUACACAAGAAGAAAAAGACACCGUGAAACUGAUCAAGAAAUAUUUUGGUGAGAAGUCUGAAGAUUUCAUCAUCAUUAUAUUCACCAGAGGAGAUGACCUGGAAGAUCGGUCAUUUGAGAGUUAUAUCGAAGAUUGUGAUGACUUUGUAAAAGAACUCCUGAAGGACUGUGGAGGGAGAUACCAGGUCUUCAAUAACAAAGAUUACACAAACCGCACUCAAGUCAGAGAUCUGCUGAACAACAUCGAGACCAUGAUGAAGGAAAAUGGUGGCUGCUACAACACUGAGAUGUUUGACAACACAGAAGGAUACACAAAAAUACAAGUGGAGAGGAUUUUAAAAGAGAAGGAAGAAGAGAUGAAAAGAAGGGAUGAGGACCUCCGGAGAAAACAUGAGGAAGAUUUAAAAUCCCUGAAAAGCAAAUUCAAAGAAGACGAGAGAAAACUGAAAGCAAAACAGCUUGAGGACGUCACCAAGGAGCGUGAGGAAAGAAGGAAAGAACGGGAGGAAGAGGAAAGAAGGAAAGAACGGGAGGAAGAGGAAAGGAGACGGAAAGAUCGGGUGGAAGAAGAAAGGAGAUGGAAAAAACAACAGGAAACUCAGCGACAGGAAGGGAGAAUAAAACUGGAAGCUUUAGAGAAAAUAGUUCAGUCAGAAAGAGAGCAAAAGGAAAAUGCUGUAAAGAAACUGGAGCUGUUUAGAAAAGAGGUGAAGAGAGAUCGAGACGCCUGGGAUAAAGAAAGAAAGGACACCUGGGAACAAAAACGUCAGGAGGACAAACUGAGUCUGGAGGAGGCGAAGAAGAGCUUCAUAAAGCUCCAAGAAGAGUACCAUCACAAGAGAAGGAAAUGGUAUCUUGCUUUUGGUGUGCUCUUGUUGUUUCUAUUUCUGUUGAGUCACAUCUUUCUGAGGUAGACAUUCACACUACAGACAGCACAAAGACCAAAGAACACACAUGAAGAGAUUUACAACUUGCUAGGCUGAUAGAAGAAGCAGGUUUACAUUUAUGGACUUUACAGAUGGAUGUCUUCAUCUUCAGUUUGCACAUAUUACUCACUUAGGAAGUGAUUUAGUAAAAUACAACUAAUUUGCUGCAGUGAGAGUUAGAUGACGAGAUCCAUGUCAUUGUAACUCUUAGCGUGUUUAGCCGAGCUUUAGUAGAAAGACUGGAAGCAGAAAAAAGUCAGAAAACUCUUCCUCAACCUACAAAACUGUCUUUGUAGCUCGUUGGCUACGUGCAUGGACGGAUGCUUUACUGUCCCCACAGGGAAAUUUGACUUGGACUCUUCAAAGCUAACCUGUCAACACAUAAAGGCACACGACAUGAUUAAACAAAAGACGUUGGAGAGUACAAAAAAAUGCAAUAUAGAUAAUACAAAUAUAAGCACACACACCCUGAAACAUCAAUCAGUACCCGUAUUUUGAACUUCAAGGUCCGGGGCUCACAAACAUCGAGAGCAAAUGUAAUGUGUACAACAGAAGCUUCUUUACAGGAAAAUGAAUCAU